AUGAACCAAUCUACAAACCAAACUUUCAGUAGUCAACCGCAAAAUAAUAAUAACCAAUCUAUAAAUCAACCCAUUGGUUCCCGAUCUCAAAAUAAUAAUGGCCAGUUACAAAGACCUCAUAAUAUUGGUAGUUCACAAAACGCUGGUGGCCUAUUUCAAGGAGCUCCUAAUACUGGCAUGCAACUUCUAAGACCUCAAAACAGUACAAAUCUAUUUGCCAAUACUUUCAUUGACGUCCAGCAAUACAAUGACCUAAUUGGAGGAAUAGAUUUAUUUCCUGGAACGCAAGGUGUAGAAAAUCCACCACCACAGGAUGAUCAAUUUUCAACGUUACUGAUUUCUGGUCAUUCUUUCCCUUAA